AGGUGUUUGUAAUGUCUGAAGGAGAAGAAACGUGCUGAAAUAAAAAUGAUGAACUUAUCUGCCUUGGUCCACAGCCUCAGAUGUUCUCUGCUGCGCAUUGAAAGCAGACUUCUCCAAAUAUCCGGACUGGACACGCAGCUGGCCCCAGCUCUGGCAGUCAAUGGUCCCAGCCUUCUCCCCCAGAUCGAGCAGGACCCCCAACAGGAUGAGGAGCAGAGCCCAGAGCAGGCCUCCGGCCUCCUGGACAGCAUCCUGUGGAUGGCGGCCCCCAAGAAGAGACGCACCAUAGAGGUCAACAGAACCAGAAGGAGAGAUGAAAGAAAGCUCGUCAAAGUUAAGAAAAACAUCGAGCCGUGUCCAGAGUGCGGUCAUUUGAAGCAGACCCACAUCCUCUGCGGCUUCUGCUACGCCAAGAUUUGCAAGGAGACCGGUCUGAUACGUCAGCAGAUCAAGGAAAUGGAAGGUGGCCCCCUGAGGGCCCCGACCGUGGAGACGGUCGUCCUGUAUGAGGGGGAAACGCUGAGCGAGCAGGAAGAUGGGAAGAGGAUAGUGGAGCGGUCCAGGAAAAGACCCGCCUGGUUCAGAAACUGAUGCUGAGGCUUGGGUGAUAUGAGCUUUACAGAGAUAGAUGACAUGUGUCAGUGUGUAUGUUGGUUUUGUUUUUCAUGAGUACAUUUGUUUUAAGAAAUAAACACAUUUCUCAUGUG